AAUCCAUUCCAAGCUCCGCUCGGCUCAGUUAGUUGCAUGGAAAUUGCACUGCAUGGUGGGGAUCUUGAGACUGUGACAUCCAGCAGCCGGGAGACCUCACUUUAAAUAACAACCCUCUGUUUUUCGGAAAGAGGAUCAGCACGUUCUUUUUUGAAGCCUCCACAAUUUACGGUUUCUUCUAGAUAAAAAAAAAAAUCCAUAACUACUCGUCAUCGAGCUUUCCGGUGUUCUAGCCGGGCUCUAGUUCAUACCAUUGAUCAACGAGCGUAUUGUGUUUAGUGUGUGUUGCUGUGUUAGUGUAGCACACCUGAGCCUACAUCCAGCCUUCCCCAAAGAGAAAUCAUGUCUAAAAAGCGCUGUGUUGUGCUCGAGGGCUGGGACGAACACAAGGAGUCUGCAAGCAGCAUGCAGUUGAAUGGAAGUGUCCACGCACAUUCAGAAUGAAGGGCUGGUGGAUUAAUUCCAAGCAGAGAUGUCGGUGCCUUUACUUAAGAUUGGGGUUGUCCUGAGCACUAUGGCGAUGAUUACCAACUGGAUGUCGCAGACAUUGCCGUCCUUGGUGGGUCUCAACACCACCAAGCUGACCGCAGCCAACGCCGGUAACUUGGAUAGGAGCACCGGGGUGUUGCCGACUAAUCCAGAGGAAAGCUGGCAAGUUUACAGCUCUGCUCAGGACAGCGAGGGUCGAUGUAUAUGCACAGUGGUGGCGCCACAACAGACCAUGUGCUCGCGAGACGCUAGGACGAAGCAACUCAGGCAGCUAUUAGAGAAGGUGCAAAACAUGUCCCAGUCAAUAGAAGUAUUGGACAGGCGGACUCAAAGAGACCUGCAGUACGUAGAGAGGAUGGAAAACCAAAUGAAAGGCCUGGAAUCUAAAUUCAAACAAGUGGAAGAGACACAUAGACAACACCAGGCCAGACAGUUUAAGGCAAUAAAAGCGAAAAUGGAGGAACUUAGACCUCUCAUACCAGUGUUGGAAGAGUACAAGGCCGAUGCAAAAUUGGUAUUGCAGUUUAAGGAGGAGGUCCAGAAUCUGACGUCAGUUCUAAACGAGCUACAGGAGGAGAUUGGCGCCUAUGACUACGAGGAACUGCAGAGCAGAGUGUCAAAUCUUGAAGAAAGGCUCCGUGCAUGCAUGCAAAAAUUAGCUUGUGGCAAGCUGACCGGGAUCAGCGAACCAGUUACAGUCAAAACGUCCGGUUCCAGGUUUGGUUCCUGGAUGACAGACCCACUGGCUCCAGAAGGAGAUAAUAGGGUUUGGUACAUGGACGGCUACCACAAUAACCGUUUUGUGCGGGAGUACAGGUCGAUGGAUGAUUUUAAGAAUAGUGACAACUUUACCUCUCACCGUCUCCCACACCCAUGGUCUGGAACAGGGCAGGUUGUAUAUAAUGGUUCCAUCUAUUUCAACAAAUUCCAAAGCCACAUUAUCAUCAGGUUUGACUUGAAGUCAGAGACAAUACUGAAGACCAGGAGCUUGGACUCUGCUGGUUACACCAAUGUUUACCAUUAUGCUUGGGGUGGCCAAUCAGAUAUUGACAUCCUGGUGGACGAGAAUGGGCUAUGGGUUGUUUAUGCCACCAAUCAAAAUGCUGGGAACAUAGUCAUCAGCAAGCUGGACCCGAACACUCUACAAAUCCUCAAGACCUGGACCACAGGUUACCCUAAGAGAAGUGCUGGGGAAGCCUUCAUGAUCUGCGGAACUCUCUAUGUCACUAAUGGUUAUUCCGGUGGAACCAAAGUGCAUUACGCUUAUCACACCAACAGCUCCACCUACGAGUACAUUGACAUCACUUUCCAAAACAAAUACUCACAUAUUUCAAUGUUGGACUACAAUCCCAAGGACAGGGCUCUGUAUGCUUGGAACAACGGUCACCAAGUGCUGUACAAUGUCACCCUGUUUCACGUCAUUAGGUCUGAUGAGUUGUAGCCAGGCCCUGGCACUUACAAACUGAACAGGGAUGUAGAAUAGAACUUGCUAAGUAGAAAGAUGGCUGCCAAAAUUAACCAAACUGUCCUUUUGACGGGUCAAACAUUAUCACAUUAAAUGGACUUGCCCGAUGAGAAUCAAAGGAAUCGAUCUUUGAGACUAUCUAUCUUAGCAACACCAAGUAAAAAAAAAUUUCAGCAGUACUCGAGUUUCAAAAGAACAAAAUAAACCUGUCUUUUACAAACAGACAAUGGCAGUGACUGUUGAUUAUAUCUUGCUAUGGACAAUAACCUGUGUAAAAAAAAAAAAAAAAUAAUUAAAAAAAAACACGUAUGAGUUUUAUUGGAUAGGAAACAAUGACUGGUUAAAGAAUGGGGAGCACAGUGUUGUGUACACAAGAAAGAGAAAAAUAUAUAUGAAAUUAGCUUCUAUGAGAAAAAAAAAAUUAUGUAAGAUUUGGUGAUUUUGAAUGUAGAAAAGUCAUUGUAGCCUUUUUCUCAAUCAAAGCAGUUUGCCGCUUGAGAAGUGUUAUUAGCAAGAAACCAGUCACCUUAUGGUCUCCUAUUUAAGAUGGUCAGAAGUAUGUGUACCCACUAGAAUGAUAGAUUUUCAUAUGGUUUAAACUUAUGUAUUCAGAAAAUAUCAUGUAUAAUGUCUGUUGUAAUAAGAGAUAUUCAACUGUAUUUGUCCGUUCACGCAAUGAAUGUUGUUAAAUUUGCAGUAGUUUGGAUUUAUUAAGAACAAUGAAUUUGUUACUGUAAAAAAGAAAAGUUGUGAAAAAAAAAACCUGAAAAAUAUUUAUUACAUAUAUAAUAUAUACAUAUGGAUAUAUGAAUAUGGAACGCAGUGUUUACCAUUUACCAAUACACAUCUGCGAGGACCUUUGUAGGACUGUGCGCAAUUCUACAGGUCUAGAUUAGCAGAGAAGUACAGGAAUAAGAUAUGGUAAUUUUUAUUAUAAAAAUAUAUUAAAAUAAAGCAUUAGAAAUUCAAAAUCUACAAGAAAGAAAAUAGCUUUCUGUGGAAACUGUGUAAGCUUAUUUGUAUUACCUAUAUAAUUGAUUUCAGCAAAAGUACGGGAGGGAUGGAGUUUAAUUUUUAAUUUAAAUAUUCGUUUAAAAAAAAAAAAAUUUCAAAUAUAAGCAAAUGAAGGCAAAUUUGUAAAAUCCACAGGUAUCCAGAGAACAA